UGAUCUUUUCCAGCUAGAAUGAGCUGGAAGUCCAGCUGAAACGCAGUAUAGUCAUUUCAUGGCUCGAAUAGACAUUUUUACUGUAAAGCUUAGGUACAGUCUACUGUAGCUUCACUAUAUGCAGGGCGGGUCGAAGAGAUAUUUUGAAAAAAGGCUACUGAAAGCUCACAAGAGGCUGUUUUCCUUGGCUCUGGCCGCCAUUUUAAGUGGAGUUAGUCUACAUAUUAUUAUUUUGUGAGAGUUUGUUGGCCUGGAAAGAAAAAAACGCUUCGACCCGCCCUCCAGAAUGCCUCUACUCCAAGCUGCUACUGCGAUGAUAAUGCAAUUCCAUGCACUAACAAUACUUGCACUAGCGAUUUUUCAACUCGGUGUCUAGUGGACUUUAACCUUGAUACUGGCAUGACCCGUCGAGUCUGCGUUCUUCACGGCCUGACUUGUUUCAGGAAUACUGAAGACAGGCACCGUGGUCAGUGCUGUGAAGGUACGGGGUGUAACAAGUGCCUCACGCCCCCUAAUCUGACAUACGAGCAGUGUCUCCAAGUCACCUUCCCCUCAGACUGCCCCCCAGUAAACUGUUCACACUUGAUUGAAACCCCUACAGGCAAUGGUACAGAGUCAACAAAUCAAGCAACAGAUCAAAUUCUACCUGGGUGGGGUAUCUUCAUAAUUGUUUUCGUUCUCGUUAUCCUGCUGUUGCUCGUAGUCCUGACUAUUGUUUGUUACUUCUUCGUUUAUGUAAAGAGGUGUCGUCGAAGUUCACCUAUCAGCAAGUAUGAAACGAACUCGCAGAUUGAGAGUGUGUCAUUUAUUUCCGAGAGUGGCAUCAGCGGUGUGUCCAGUGGGGGGCGGUCAGGAGGAGCUUUGAUAUUGGAACCAAAAACGAUCGCCAAAGAAAUCAAAUUGAUUGAGCUAAUUGCUUCAGGUGGUUUCAGUCAGCUCUGGAAGGGCACACGUAUUGGUGCCACUGUGGCUGUCAAGAUAUACAAAAGUAUCGACGAUCAGAGCUUUGAGAGGGAACGCUGUAUCUACACAAGAGCAUUUCUAAAUCACGAAAGUAUAGCCAUUUAUUACGGGGCCGAUUUACACACUCCUCCUCUUUUUCCGACUGAAUUUUGGCUCAUCAUGCGGUACUAUGAGCACGGUUGUCUAGCCGACCACCUCAUACACAACACACUUCCACAGAAGAAAGUGUUCCGUAUCCUUUGCAGUAUUGCCGAUGCAUUAGAAUAUCUUCAUCAUCCCUUCAACUCUUUCUUUGGAGGAAAUCAUGGAGGGGUUGCUCACAGAGACAUCAAAACAAGAAAUAUCCUGCUCAAGGAUGAAUUUGGAAGUUGCGUUGUGGCUGAUUUUGGUUUGUCGCUUGGUGCAGAAGAUCUUCUUCCUGGGAGUGCCCCGGUAAAAGUGCAAGUGGGCACUAAGCGAUACAUGGCUCCCGAGGUGUUGAAUAACUCUGUUGUGACUACAGAAAUUCAAUCAUUCUGUGUCACGGAUAUUUAUUCCUACGGGCUUGUGAUGUGGGAGGUUCUUCGGAGGUCAGAAGGCGAAGGUGAACCUAGUGAAUAUGCAGUGCCAUACCACAACCUCCUUCCGUCUGACCCCACUAUAGAGCUGGUAAGGAAGGUGGUUGUAGAGCAAAGAAUGAGACCACAGCUGGAGGAAAGAUGGAACAUUAACAAGGUCCACUUCUAUCAGAAUAUUGUCCUGCUAAUGAAGGAAUGUUGGUCAGCCUCACCCGAUGGUCGACCCACAGUGGCAAGAAUCAGACUAAAACUGGCAGAGAAUUUGAAAUCGUAACUAUUAAUUGGCAUUAGUGGCUUUUUGACUGGGGCAGGUCAUGAUGUUUAUUACUUUCCCACAAUCCUGUUCCCUUUGUGUGCAUUUUUGUUACCUUAUAUUUAUGUGGACACCGUGUUCUCACACAAUAUUAUAUAUCACUUAUAAUUAUCAUCUUUCUACUGGUUGUGCAAUGCUGAAUCCAUGCAGAUAAUAUUAUGUGUAUAACUGGCAUGAA